GCAUAAAUACACAUUAGGUAUAUGAGUGUUUUUCAACUAUGCAAUGAGAGGGGUAGGACCAUAUAAGUAUGCAUAAUUUGGUUGUAUUUAUUGUCUCAACUCUUUAUUACCCACCUGUAUGCGGGUGCCUACUUGUUUGUCAUUCCUAUUUUGCAAAUAUGAGAACUCACCAUUGCAUUAACUGAUGAUUUUUUCUCCUUUUUGGGUGCAUUCUGCUGGAGUAAAUUCCUGCCAAUCAUGCAAUGUUUUUUUCUUUUGGCUGAAAUGCAAUGUAUUUUGUGUUUGGUCUUUUCUGAGAUGCAAAAUCAAAUAAUCCAAAAAAGAUGUUCUUUAAAAUACUGAACUUUUCACUGAGAUGUUUAGUAUGUUCUUCCUUUUCAAAAAAAAUUGCCCCAAAAUUUACUUCUCAGGCUACUUGUAAAUUUGUAGGUCAAGCAGAAGACACUUAUCAUAUGGGGUGAGGAUGACCAGAUUAUUAGCAACAAGCUUGCAGUGAGAUUGGAUUGUGAACUGCCAAAUGCAACUAAACGCCAAGUAGCAGAUUGUGGCCACCUUCCUCAUGUAGAAAAGCCAAAAUCUGUUGCAAGAUUAAUCUCAGAAUUUGUUAGGGAUUGUUGCCACGAAGACACUUGUUGCAUUUAAUUAAAUAAAAUUUCUUAUUCCAUUUUCUGUUUAAUCAUACUUUUGGGUGUUUGUUUAUGCUUGGGCUAAGCCAAAAUCUCUCUAUACCUCUCUUCCCCCUCUUUUUCUCUUUUUGGUGAGAGCUGUAAUUUGACGAUCAAACUGUCGCGAAUAUAUCAAUUAAAUUGAU